CAUCCAGGGAAGCUCGCACCCGUUCUUCCCCCCUCCUUCAAGGCAAGGCAACCAAACCAACCCAACCCCUGGAAAGCCCUCCUCCCCUGACCUUCUUCCCGAUUCCUCCACCCCAUGCCGCCGAUCCCUCCCUUGGCCCACCCGCGAAACCGCGUCUAGGGUUCUCGCCUCCACCCACCCAACCACCCCACCCGACCCCCUCUCCGCGCCACCGCCGCCGAUGGCGCUGCUGGGGGACGCCCUGCGGCAGGCCUUCCUCAUGCCGCGCCGGGCCUACGCGGCGCUGCGGGACGACGAGGGGCGCGCGCUGCCCGUCCUCCGCCGGCCGCUGGCCGCCGCGGCCGCCUCCUGCGUCGCCGUCGCCGUCUCCGCCGCGGCGUGCGUCAGCCUCGGGAUCGUGUUUCCCGCCGAGCCCGCCGAGCGGCCCUUCUGCAGGGAGCGCCGCAUGCUGGAGGCGCUGCCCGCCGCCGCCAGCAGCAGGGAGGAGGAGCCCGAGGCGUACCGGUACCGCGGGGGCGCCUUCUAUAUGACCACCGCCGAGGCCGCCGACUUCUACUGGAUGGUCGUGUUCGUGCCAUCCGCCGUCCUCUUCGGCGCCUCGUUUACCUACCUUCUUGCCGGAAUAUCUGUUGCAUAUGCUGCUCCAAGAAGGCAUCCCAUGAUCUGCGUUGUUGAGAAUAACUUCUGUGCUUCUAGAAGAGGUGGUGUUCGUUGCCUGGCUAUACUUAAUGCAGCUUUUGCGGUCAUAUUUGGUCUCAUGGCAAUUAUUCUUGGAUCGACGCUGCUGGCCCUUGGAAGUACUUGUUCAGUCCCUCUUUUCUGGUGCUAUGAAAUUACAGCUUGGGGUUUAGUAAUCUUAUAUGGUGGCACAGCCUUCUUCUUGAGAAGGAAAGCUGCAGUUGUCCUUGAUGAAAGCGAUUAUGCUACCCACAACGUGGGUCUAGAGAUGCUUGAGACCAAAAUAGAAGUGACUCCAGAGAUGGAGAGGCACAUAAACGAUGGUUUCAAGCAGUGGAUGGGUUCAUCUCUUCUACCUUCAGAUGACGAGGAGGAAGCUUCGGAUGACUAUAUAGAGCACAAUGUUCCUUGCCGGACUGCUUCAGCUCAGCACAGGCAGGAAAAUGAUUUAGAGACCUGACUGCUGUAUAAAUAAAUGUACAUAGCGUUCCCACUUAUUCCUUGAGGUUUCAUGUUGUAAAUGCCUGGUUCGGGUUUCGAUUGCUAACAAGUGAUUUCUUUUGUUCUUUUCGCACCGGAGAGAAGAAGGGAAGGAAAGCAUAGCUUAUAUUUGGGGUCUC